ACGGCUCUGCGUAGGAAGUCAUCAGCAUUGCAGCUCCACACAGCGGCUGUAGGUCAGUGGCUACACACCCUCUUACUUGUCUAUCAGACGUUGGAGGAAAGGUAAAGCUAAAAGGCAAAUCUACGCGCAAAAGCGAAUAUAAAUACCAUUUGUUUUGAUGCACGUCCUGUUUCAAUCAGUCCUGGAUAUAUAUAUUUAUAUAUAUAUAUAUAUAUAUAUUUAAUGACGCCGUCUCGAUGUGUUUACCCUUCAGUACACCGUGAACAUUUGUUGUCAGAUAGAGAGGCCUUUACUUUCAUGCUGUGCGUAAGUUAAGGGAGCAGACAGUUUCUAAACUGCAAUUGAUGCGCAGGCGUUGUUGUAACAAAGUGUUACAUGCUCGCAUAUGAUUGCACACAUGCAUGACAUCAUGUCUGCCAGCCCGCAGAAAGCACCAGCUCAACACAGCAGUCAGCUUUCAGCAUAGGAUUUCUUUUCGUCGGGAAAAGACCAUAAUGGCAGCAGCUUGCUCUUCUCUGGACCCCGACCUAAUGAGGGAGGUUCUCGAAUGCCCUAUCUGCCUGGAGACUUACAACCAGGAUCAACUCAGACCCAAACUCCUGCAGUGUGGGCACACUGUGUGUCGACUUUGUCUGGAGAAACUGUUGGCUAAUACCAUCAAUGGUGUCCGCUGCCCCUUUUGCAGCAAGGUCUCCAGGAUGAGCAGCAUCUCCCAGCUGGCAGAUAAUCUUACAGUACUGAAAAUAAUAGAUUGCACUUUGACCUGCAGUGCUGCUGCCGCGGCGCUAAUGUGCAAGACCUGUGGAAACCGGCUACCAAGACAGUUCUGCUAUGACUGCACCACAGUUCUCUGUGAGGUCUGUAAAGCGGAUGGCCACCUGCAUGAAGGCCACUCAGUUCAGCCGAUUAAAGUGGCAGCUGAGCAGCGCCGUAAAGAACUGAAUGGUAGACUGGCUGCCCUCCGUGACGUUAUGGGCAAUAUUCAGAAAAAAAAGACAACACUUGAAAACAUUUCCAAGAGCUUGAGACAGAAGUAUCGGGCAGUUCAGCAAGAGUAUUCUACGGCAGAGCUACAUCUUCAGGAAGAGCUCAGAAAAUCUCGAAGGACAUUCACAGCCUCUUUGGGAGAAGUGGAAAAACUCAAUGCACAGGUUCUUGAGGAGCAGACAUAUCUUCUUAACCUCGCAGAGGUAAAAGUGGUUUCACGCUGCGAUUACCUGACUGUGAGGGUAAGACAGAGUGACAUUGCUUUAUUAAAGGACGAUGGCGCAGGAAGUGAUGAUGAAGAGCUGGACCUCAGAAGCAGUUUACCCACACAGUUCCAGCUACAAGAGCCAACACUAGCCAGAGCAGAACACUCUAAUCCCAUAGAAGUGGGGUGUCUGACCACAAACACUUACACAGUCAAUACAGAUGAUGAGAAAGGUGGGCUAGACACACUGUUGGAGUUUAAAGCAGAUGAUGUGCCCUCUGGUGCUACAGGUGGUUCUGUAAUGGUUCCAGGGGAUCUUUAUCGUGAUGUUGACAUGGUUUCAGCUGUAGAUGAGACAACAUAUGGUUCACCAAGUAGCUUUAAGUCAAAGUCCAUGGAUGCAGGUGGGGAAUCUGCAGGGGCUAGUUCCAGGCCACCAGUAUGCCAGUUUGUAAAGAAGAUGGGCUGCAAAGGAGCGCUGCCUGGGAUGUUUAAUUCACCUGUUAGCAUUUGCGUUUCACUACAAGGUGAUAUACUGGUGGCCGAUCGAGGGAACUGCCGUGUCCAGAUUUUCAAUCGUAAAGGUGUCCCGCGCGAAAUCCGACGCAAUGCAAGCAUAGACAACUUUGUUCUGAGCUUCUUUGGUGCUGACCUGCCUAACCUUAUCCCUUUAUCCAUAGCUGUGACUCCUCAAGGCCUGAUUGGUGUUACUGACAACUAUGAUAAUUCAGUGAAAGUCUAUACCAUGGAUGGGCAUUACGUGGCCUGCCAUAAAAACCAGCUGAUUAAACCCUGGGGAAUUACUGCCAUGCCAUCAGGCCAGUUUGUGGUGUCAGACGUAGAGGGGGGAAAGCUGUGGUGCCUUGCAGUGGACCGCAAUGUAGGUGUAGUCAGCUAUAACCGAUUGUGUUCCGCAGUCCGGCCAAAGUUUGUGACAUGUGAUGCUGCAGGAACUGUGUACUUUACCCAAGGCCUGGCCCUGAACUUCGAAAAGCGCCAGAACGAGCCUCAUUUCGAAGGAGGCUUCUCCAUUGGCUCAGUGGGUACCGAUGGCCAGCUGGGGAAACAGCUCAGCCACUUUUUCUCCGAAACAGAGGACUUCCGCUGCAUCACUGGCAUGUGUGUGGAUGCCAACGGUGAUUUGCUGGUCACAGACAGUGGCAGGAAAGAAAUUCUUCAGUUUCCCAAAGAAGGAGGAUUUAACAUUCUGAUCCAAGAAGGACUGAGCUGUCCUGUGGGAGUGGCCACUACCCAGAAAGGACAGCUGCUAGUGCUUGAUUGUUGGGAUCACUGUGUCAAAGUCUUUACAUACGUUCAAAGGAGGCAUUCUUCAACUUCCUAGAAACACUUUUUCUCCCUGUGAACUUAAGAGAUUUAGUGGGUGUGUGUGGUUGGUCUGGUUGAAGUUUGAGAAGAGAUAACUUUAUUACUUGUCUCUGUAGUGUAGCUGCAGCAAAGACUAUUGUCUUUCCCAGCUUGGUUCCCAGGUGGCUUAUUAUAUUUAUCACUAUAGCAAGUUGUCCAAGUAGAUCAUGAAAAACAAGCCAUUGGUGUUUAAGCUAUGAAGCACAAAGAGCCCUUCUCUGUUAGCCUUGGUGUCCCCAUUCAAGCAUGACUAUGCGACUUACUGCAAUUUGAUUGAGAACGAUUUGUCAGAAGGGUAGAAAACAUUUUCAGAUUUACAUAUGAAAUAAAUAAAACCAAGGCUGUUGGCCUGUAUUGCACUUUAUUAUUGACUUGUCACUAUGUCCCAUUAUUAGGUUUUAGUAGCACAGUAACUAUUUCUACUGAAUGCAGCUGGCAGCUUUAAAAUUUACUUGACCUGUCUCUAAUGGCAAAAAGUAACUAAGAAUCAGCUUUCAUUCUGUAAUAUUCAGGGAAAAUUAAAUGUCAAAUAUUUACUUCUUAUAGAAAGAGUAUUUAACCAUAAAAUCAUAACCUGAUGUGGUGUGGGGCGUUAGAGGUACAUCUCCAGAAAAUAAAAUAAUAUUGUGUAAAAGUUCAAUAUAUUUUGUCAUUCCUUUCAGAAAUUGAAGGUCAUUUAUUACAUAGAAUAAUAAAGUGAAAAUGUCAAGCCUUUGUUUCUUGUAGUGUCUAUCAUUAUGGUAUAAUGAUAGACACAGAUAUAAUAAAAGGGAAAAUUUAAAACAAAAAUAUCAGGCUUCUGAAAAGUGUUUUACUUUGAUGCACUCAAUACCUGGCUGGGCCUUCUUUCGCAUGAAUAACUGCAGGAAUGCAACGUGGCAUGGAGGCAAUUAGCUUGUGGCUUUGCUGACGUAAUUAAAGCCCAGGGUGCUAUGAUAGCUGCCUUCAGGUUAUCUGCUCUGUUGGGUCUGAUAUCUUAUCUUCCUCUUGACUACACCCCAUUGAUUCUCUGUGAGCUUCAGUUCAGGCCAGAUUGCUGGUGCUACCCUAAGUGGAAUCGGUUCAGGAUAGCAUUUGUGUGUAAGUGGUUCUUGAUGCACUGACUCUAGCCUCAAUCCACCCGACGUGAAGCUUCCGCAAUUCUUUAAUGCAUUUUGCUUGACAAUACCUUUUAAGGCUCUGGUUCUCCUUAUUGCACCUUUUCCUACCGCACCUUUUUUCUUUCACUCAACUUUGUACAUGUACAUAUUUGGAUACGCACUCUUACAAAUGGCCUUUUUGUGUCUUACCUCACUAUGAAGGGUGUCAGUGAUUGUCUUCUGAACAUAUGUUAAAUCAUCAUUCUUCCCCAUGCAUGUGCAGCCCACUGACUCAGACUAAGACCAUUUAGAAGCUAAGAAAAGAAAAACCUUGCAGGUGUUUUGAGUUAAUCAGCUGAUUAAGGUGUGACACAAUGACUUGCCAAUAUUUAACUCUAUUACUAUAUUAGCAUUUUUGGAAACACCCCAUUUUUGGAAACACUAAAAUUUGAGUUAUUCUGUAAAAAAACAAAGAUUUAUCAAAAUUAAAGAAACAAGGGCUUGAAAUAUUACUAUGUGUAAUAAAUCCAUAUAUCACUUAUAUAUCUUAAUAUAUUAUUAUCACUUUCUGACAUGAGUGACAAAAAUAUUAAACCUUUCGCUCAAUAUUCAUAUGUUGUCAGAUGUACCUGUUUAAGAUUUAUUGAAUUAACAUUUUAGAAUUUCUUUUUGAUUUUAGUUGUUUUUACUUUCUUAAUCAUAUUUAUUUUCUUGAAUAUACAAUGCUGCAAUCAAAGUCCAUCUGCCUUGCUCCAAAUUUUAGUCAAUUCAUGAUUUAUUGCCUGGGUCAGAGCUCUUCAUCUCCAUUUGAUUCCACCAGCACAGUGCCAGAUUUCUCAAAGUUAGUAGAUCUGUGUGUGUAAUAACCAGAGAAGAGAUGUUCUUAUAUUCCAAAUGAGGUGCGAUGAUUUGAGUGAUGGAAACUAAAAUAGGACAUACCUCUCCAAGUUUCCAAAUUUUGAAAAAGAUGUGCUAAAUGAUACCAUUUCAGGCCUUUUUGAGACAAUUUUAUAUGUACAAGUCUACUAGUAAAACACAGACAAAAAGACCGUGUUUUUUAAACAUGCAUUAAGCAUGUUAGUGCAAUUUGGAAAGGGUGUGCAAUUUGUUUGUGUGUAAUUGGAUCACAAACAAUGUAGUCUUCCAUUUACUAACAGUCUCAGUGCUGUAUUAGGAUGAAAACAUGCAACGCAUCUGGGGAGGUUGAUCAUUAGAAAUGCUUUCAAAUAUACAUGACUUGUUAGGAGGCUAGAGAACUAGAGGAAUCUUGGGUGAAUUUUCUUUUUGACAAGAUUCUGGAAGUGUUUGGAAUUUCUAGUGCAUGUUGAUCAAUUUUUCAUGGUUUUUAUUUUAUUAGGAAUGAAAUAAUGUUUACUGCAUACAAUGCAGUUUUGCAGGAGGUGAACACAAAAAUGCGAGAAAAACAAAGAUGUAAAUUGGUGCCACAUAACUCACAUGCAACUGGCUGAGUUGUGGCGCUUUUCUUUGGGGGUUUAUUAUUGUUUAUUGACAACUUUUAUUCAGUGGUAACGUGUCAUCAGACAGAAUAUACUUUGUGUUCUUGCUAUUCCAGGAGAGACACGUACAUCAGAACUGGGUCAAAAGUCUGACAAGGAAACAUAGGGACCAACCUUGAACAUUCAGUGUCUCGAAGGUGGUUUAUGUCUCACUAUGAUGCAUCAUCACAGAGAAUUUUCACUUGGUAAAAGAUCAAAUAUAAAAGGCAAUCAUUUCUAUUUAUCAAGACUAUCUGAAGUGCUACACUGUCAAGAACCUUUUUGUGAGAAUUGUAACAGGAGAUAAAUGCGUCCAAUAUUUGAAGCCAGUAGUUUAACUCUGAACUUGUAGAGUUAUUUUUAAAAAGAAUAAUUUAAUAUUUGUUUUUGCUUUUUAUUUUUUUAGUGUGAAAUUGGCAGUGGAAUGAAUUAAUGUUUCAAUAAAGUUUGAAGAAGCCAGAGUUGCAUCUGUGAAGGAAAUCAUUAAAUCUUGAUUAUCAUGCCAAACAUUUCA